ACUCAGCUCAGCUCAGCUCCCGACAAAUUCAUUUAACUUACCUUUUCGUUUCUUUCUUGCUGUGUCUCUACUCUCUACCAAAUCCAUAUCUUAAACGUUCUUUGUACCUGUCAUCUCCAUCUCUUCUUUUUACCAUUCUUUGCACUCAUAUCAAACACUUUGCUUUCGUGCGGCUAUAUUAUCUGUUCCAAUGACUUCUCCAACUUGCUGUUACGUGCACCACACAACAAAUAAGUGCAGUUUCUUCUGAAACUUGAUUGUGUUUUUGUAGUUAGCUAUGGAGAGAUAUGAGAUUGUGAAGGAAAUUGGGUCUGGCAAUUUUGGGGUGGCAAAGCUUGCUAGAGAUAGAGGGAGUAAAGAGCUUUUUGCUGUUAAGUUCAUUGAGAGAGGCCAAAAGAUUGAUGAACAUGUGCAAAGGGAAAUUAUGAACCAUAGGUCUUUAAAGCAUCCCAAUAUUGUUAGGUUCAAAGAGGUCCUUUUGACUCCUACUCAUCUGGCUAUAGUUAUGGAAUAUGCUGCUGGAGGAGAACUUUUUGAGAGGAUUUGUACUGCUGGUAGAUUUAGUGAAGAUGAGGCGAGGUUUUUCUUCCAGCAAUUGAUUUCAGGAGUCAGCUACUGCCAUUCAAUGCAAAUUUGUCAUAGAGAUCUUAAGCUUGAAAAUACAUUGCUUGAUGGUAGCACAGCACCGCGUGUCAAAAUUUGUGAUUUCGGAUAUUCAAAAUCAGCUGUAUUGCAUUCCCAACCAAAAUCUACAGUUGGAACACCUGCUUACAUUGCACCCGAGAUUCUGUCGAAAAAGGAAUACGAUGGAAAGGUUGCAGAUGUUUGGUCUUGUGGAGUUACCCUAUAUGUGAUGCUAGUUGGGGCAUACCCCUUUGAAGAUCCCGCUGAUCCCAAAAACUUCAGGAAAACAAUUGGGCGGAUACUGACUGUUCACUACUCAAUUCCGGAUUAUGUUAGAGUUUCUAACGAGUGCAAGCACAUCUUAUCUCGAAUAUUCGUGGCGAAUCCUGAAAAGAGAAUAAGCAUUCCCGAAAUUAAGAAUCAUCCAUGGUUCUUAAAGAACUUGCCUGUAGAAAUGAUGGAAGGAGGCAGUUGGCAAAGCCACGACGUCAAUAAUCCGUCGCAAAGCAUCGAAGAAGUUGCGACUUUAAUACAAGAGGCGAGGAAAGUUGUCGAGCUGCCGAAGAGUGGAAGCUAUUUGCUAGGAGGAAGCAUGGAUCUUGAUGACAUGGAUGCUGAUGCAGAUUUUGAAGAUACAGAGACGAGUGGCGAUUUCGUGUGCCCUUUAUGAGCCAACUAUAUAAAUAAAAUCAAAUUUUCCUGAGGUAUAUAUAGUCUCAAUGGUUACGAGCACUGAAACACCAUAAAAGGUUUGUUUGAAUGAGUUGCGUUGUGUAAGAGUACUUGUUUAGCUAAGUGGUCCAUAACUGCUCUUUUGUAAAUUCUUUAUGCAACUUUUGCAGUUCAAUGUAUAUCAGUUUUUUUUUUUUU